AUGUCUGCUUACGCUGGCAACAUGCCCCAUGGGUCCUACACCCCGUUGCCUCCGAUCAACUCGCAGUACCCACCACCACAGAGCCUACCACCUGCCAACCAGAACUAUAUGGCUCAACCACAGUUUCGCGAUAACAUCCGUUACAGCCACAGUCAGAACCCGUCUCCCGCAGGCACACCUGACAACCGUUAUGCUCCGCAGAUGGCACCUCACCAACCAAUGAGUAACAUGUCACAACCCUCGAUGUUGCCUCAACCCCAGAGUCAAACUCCGCAGCCGCAACCACCCUACACUCAAGCUGGAGCGCGUCCUAGCAGCUACCCACAACCACUAGCCCCCGCCCCACCUCGAUCGAGUAUGAAUGACCCCUACGGAAGCUAUGGACAGCAAGGAGAACGGCCUUGGACAGGCGCGGAACAAAUGCCAGGUAUGACGAUUGAUGUCGGUCGAGAUCCGUCUCGCACCCACGUCGUUGGUUCCCAAGGAAGACGAGGCAUCUUACCAAGUGCGCCAGGACGACCACCCGUCAUGCAGAAUGGCCUCAACGGUUCUCCCAAAGGCAACACCAUUCCUCAGAAGGAUGCCGAUGGAAAGUUCCCUUGCCCCAACUGCACCAAGACCUACCUCCACGCGAAGCACUUGAAGCGCCACAUGCUCCGACACACUGGCGACCGCCCAUACAUGUGCGUUCUCUGCACCGAUACGUUUUCUCGAAGCGACAUCCUCAAGCGACACUUCCAAAAGUGCUCCGUAAGAAGAGGGAAUCCGACUGGUGCUAGCCACCUUUCUAACCCUGCUGCACACCUGAAAAAGUCUCAAGCUGCUGCCCAAAAGGCUGCCGCCGCCGCCGCGUCUGCUCAUGCAAACUCACAAACGCAACAGCCACCUACACCGGGGCAGAGUAAUGGCGCAGGCAACGCCCACGCCGCUCCCUCCACAGGUGCCGUUCAGCCAAGCCCAUACGCUACUACAAUGGCUGGUAGCUCUAUGCCUGCGACCACUGCCAGCCUGCCUGCUAUGGCUUCGAUGCCUUUUGCUAAUGGUUCAGGCGAUUCUAAGCCUCAAAUAGGCCAACAGGAACAAAAUGGUGCAAAUUGGGGUAUGCACAAUGGUCGAGGUGGCCAGCUAAUGUAUAGCUCCAGCACUGCAUCUCCUGCACAAGCAGGUCAUCAUGUCGAGAAUGACUGGAACCAAUUUCUCCCACCUGCUGGUGAAGCCAAUUACAUGAAUCAAAUGUAUGGCUACGGAGAAGCUCACCCUGAAGUGAAAGGCGAACCUCACGAGGCUGGAUCGAACGGCUACUACAUGCCUUCCGGCGCGCUUGGAGCUGAUGGAAUCGCUUCAAGAUCAGCGAAAUGA